GCGAGUUGAAACUGCUUAAACUGCUAUCAAAAUAUAUUUUUUUAGAUUUAAACAGUGAAAGGCUACAAAUUUCAUUGACAACAUGGCAGAUCCAGAAUUGGAACAAAUCAGACAACAGCGAUUAGCUCAGUUACAAGCUCAACAUGGGGGAACAGGCGAUCCGAACCAGGCUAAGCAGGAGGAGAGAAUGCAAGCUAUGGAAGAAGCAAAACACACGAUUCUUGCACAAGCCCUUAGUCAAGAUGCCCGGGCCAGAUUGAACACAAUAAAACUAAGCAGACCAGAGAAAGGUGCCAUGGUGGAAAAUAUGAUCUGCAGAAUGGCUCAAAUGGGACAAGUACGCACCAAGAUUUCCGAGCAAGAACUCAUCCAACUCCUAGAGUCAGUCAACCAGCAGAUGGGGAAAUCAACUAACACUGUUAAAUUUGACAGGAGGAGGGCAGCCCUUGAUUCUGAUGAUGAUUUGUAGCAGAUUUGGCCACUUCACUGCAGUCUGUUAGUUUAGGUAUUUUAAAAGAAUGUGAACAAAUAAAAUCAUGCUUAAGAGUUAAGGGGAUGCUUGCUUCUCCAUAAAAACAUAGUCCUCAUCUUUGGAUAUUGACAUUAUAGAAAAUAUUUUUACAUAAUUUAAUUUAUUAACCAUAGCUAUGCCCCCCUCUGUUUGACUUUUUUUGAUUAUUAUAAUUAGGAGCAAAAAGCAAGUUCCAUAUGACUCUUUAAAUGCAGGGAGCAUUAACUUAUAAUAAUUAAAUAUUAUAAAAAUAUCAAACAAAGGGGCAUAGAGCAGCUGUGAUUAAUAUACAUGUUAUUGUGUCAAAAAAAUUUCAAUAUCCAGAGAGGAAAUUGGGACUGUUUGUAUGGAAAGACAAUAUCAUGCGGUCCUAAUAUGACUUACUUAUGUGUAGUGAUCCAAAAGACUCGAGCCUUUGGAGCUCUAUUUUUUAGGGCUUGCCUCAUCUCUUGACGCCUAAAAGGCUAAAAGCCUAUUUAGCUCUUUAGCCCCUGAGCCUAGUUCUAUUUAAGAGCUUAGACUCUUGGGGCUAAUAACCUUAUUAAGCCCCUAAAAAAAAGCCUAUUUAGCUCUUUAGCCCCAAGCCAUAAUAAGGUUAUUAGCCCCAAGAGUCUAGGAUCUUAAAUAGAACUAGGCUCGGGGGCUAAAGAGCUAAAUAGGAUUUUAGCCUUUUAGGCGUCAAGAAAUGAGGCGAGCCCUAAAAAAAGAGCUAAAAGGCUCGAGUCCUUUUGAUCACUACUUAUGUGGUUUUAUUUGUUUACAUUAUUUAAACUGAACUGACUAUAGGCUUUAAUUAUUUUAUUCACAUAUUACAAUAAUACAUAAUGCCUUAAGACUUGAAAGGAGAAGUUUUAAUAAAAUAAAAAUAAAACAAUAAAUUUUAUACAGCAAAGCUACAACCAUAUCAUCAAAUCUAACAACAGACAUAUUACCUACUUUGGUUUAUAUAUAUUUUUACUGUAUACUGUCUUUAAAAAUAGUACUUGUCCUCUGAUCAUGUUUGCCUGGGCAUCAUUUAAGUAAUAAACUUCUGUUAGCCCUUACAUGGUUAGUAAAGUAGUUCAGUAAUAUUUUUCCAACAGGAUCUAACAGAUCUUUAUAAAACUAAUAGAUUGAUCUUUUGCAUAGGUGCUAAACUAAAUAAAUAAAAUUAGUUUUGAAACAAUAAUUUUGUGCCUAUAUGUAUAUUGCAGUCACAAGAGCAUUCUUUAUUUAUUUUCGGAUUCCUGUCAACAAAAUUAUGUAAUGACGCUUUAAUUCUACAUUUAACUAUGUUUAUUUAAAAAUAAAAGAUCUUACUUGUACAAA